UUGUGCUCUUUCCUGAAAGGAAAUGACAAGCAAACUUUACAUCGCUGGUACCAGAAAUGAAUGUGCCAUGUUAACCCAAUGAAAUUCCUUCUCGUGUGAUUUCCAUGACCUGGUUACUCGAAGCGUUGAAAAUAAAAGAGGUGGGGACAGACAUUGAAUGGAGCUGUGAUGUAAGAUUUAUAAUUUCCUCGCAUGGAAACGAACCUCCAACAAGCGAUCCAGAGGUAAAAAUAAUUUCAACCAUGCAAUUUUUCCAUUAGCACCCAGUUUUAAGAAAACAUGGGACUUAUCUAGAAGGCAAUGAAACCGAAAAUCCUCGUGAAUUUUUUAUUUUCUUCUGUCAUAUUCUAUGCCGCGGUAAUUUCUGAGGGAAUUGUUCAAGGGAAUAACACGAAAACCUCGAGGAGUUUCUCAAAAUUAAACACGAGUGGACGGAAAGAUGUUAACUUGAAAACUAACGAAGUAAUUUCUACAAGAAGGACAUCGGGAAAGCUACGUGCAGAAGGAAGAGUCUCAAGACCUGAGUCCAUCCCUAACGCAGCACAAAGCAAUGAUAUAGGGAAAACUAAGGGGAAAAGAUAUGGAUGCCACAUUUGCCAUGGUUGUCAGCCAUGUGUUGGUGGCUGUAUGCCACAAUGUGGAUGUGACUGUUGUCACCAUGAAUGCGAUGGAGGUUGCUGGUGUCCUAUUCCUGGUGCAGCGGAAGAAGAACCAAAGAAGAAACCGGAGGAGCCAUGCUGCUCUCCGUGCUGUUGCCCUUGCUGUCCUACCCCAUGUUGUCAUCAGUGUUGUCAUCAUAUACAUCAUCAUCAUCAUCACUGCUGUCCUUGCUGCCACUGUUGCCACUGCUGCCACUGCUGCCACUGUUGCCCAUGCUGUUGCCAUUGCUGUCACUGUAAGCGAUCUCAAGGCCCCUUGUCACCGUCCUUCUUCAGCAGACCAGUCUAUCUCUACAUGUUUACUCCGUGCCCUUAUUUUAGUGGGCCUUACAAUGGCCGCGCAUUCUCACUGGUACGAGGUGGACCUUUAAGGGUGCACUGAGAAAUCAAAGUUUUAGAUCUGAAAAUUUGAUAAAUAACUUGAAUGGACAAAUAAUGCGUUCACAAGUUUCAAUGAUAGGCAUUCGCCAUGUAGGACCAUGUAAGCAUCAUCAUUCGCCCUAUAGGUCACUCGCACUUUAAAGACAAUGUCUCUCAAAUGAUCUAUCCUCGAGGAGUAAUAAAACUUUGUAUGGUUCUUAGUCACAGAUGCGACAGCAUGACCCAUUUCUUGAAUAUGUUAACUCCUACAGGAUGUUAAGAGUACUCGUGGGAAAGCAAAAAAAAUAAUAAAGGCCCUUUUAGUUGAGGCCCUUAUAAACUGGUAUGUUUUAAGGCCAAAGCCGAAUGUCAUAAAUUGAAAAUAUAAUUCAUUCUCAAAUUUGUGGUUCGAGAGGUUUUAAAGAGUACUCCUUAGUAAGAGUGUAACCGGAGGCCAGUUUAGUUGCGUUCUGGCGAAUAUUCUGGCUUGUUUGAAGGCUAGUUGCUUAAGCUUUAAAUUAAUGAACAGAAAUUAAAAUCCCUUUUUAAUUUGCGGCUUGGGAUAUUCAGUAUUCAUUUUCUUGUAAGACAACUCGUGUCGAUGGGGGACAAUGGUCUCAAUGGUGUUUCAUAGGUUAAUAUUUAGGUUCUAGAGCAUUAUAAGCACCGCAGUGUUAGGGAUGCAUUUUUUAGGUGAACCAUUAAAAAGUACAAAUACUUACGGA